AUGGUCUCCUUUUUGAAGGGGAUUUCUGUUCUGGCGUUUGUGGGCGCGGCGUUGGCGUAUGUCCCUAGGCCCUAUGGUAGUAUCCAAGCUCGUGGGACUCUUGUGUCUGAUGCGAAUAGAGUCAGCAUACUCGACAAUGAGGAUGUAGCCGAAGGUUGCAAUCUUUGGUUUCUAACUUAUGAAGGUGAUACAUGCAACACCAUUCUCACAACUACCAAUAUAUCCAUGGAGGAUCUGAUCAAUUGGAAUCCCUCCCUCGAAGAUGGUAACUGCGACGACUUAAUCCAAACCGGUGCAGAUUACUGCGUAGAAAUGGACAAACCAAACCCUCCACCAAAACCCACUCCUCCGCCAACAAGAUCCACCCCUCAACCACUUGAGAAUAUCAUCACCACGCCUUCCCCAAUUCAACCGGGAAUGACAAGAUCCUGCACAAACUUCCAUUUUGUAAAAUCAGGGGAAGGAUGUUUCGACAUCAUACCCCGAUAUCCAUCCCUCACGAUCGAGUUAUUGUAUCAAUGGAACCCCGCUAUCGGGGAGACGUGUAACAAAAUGUGGGCGGAGACAUAUAUCUGCGUCUCCGUUUCCGACAUGCCUACGAGAGAAGCUACUACCACAAGAUCACCAGGAAAGCAGAUGCCAUCGCCUAUCGGUGAAGGUACCACUCCGAGUUGUAAAAGAUGGGGCUACGUUAAGACAGGUGAUAACUGCCAAACAAUCAUCGACAGGAAUAACCUCAAAGCAACUAUAACAGACCUAUACCUCUGGAAUCGCAGCAUAAAACCCGACUGCUCAUCCCUCGUUGAAAGAAACUACCUCUGUAUCUCUGGCCCGACCAACCCCAGAGUACUACCACCAACUACAACAAUGGCCACGACAAUGCCUACAACAAUGGCCACAACGACAAGAACGAUCAGAAGCACUACGACUGUGAGAAGAACGACGACGACGACACAGGAUUUGACUAGUACACCCAGUCCUCUCCAGCCUGGGACGGUGGAGGGUUGCAAGAAGUGGGCUUAUGUAAAAGAUGGACAGACAUGUAAUGAUGUUCUAAGUAGGUUUGAGGGGUUGACUUUGGAGAUGUUGGUAAGGUGGAAUCCAGCAAUUGGAGCGGGGUGUACGAGCCUCUGGGCUAGAACCUAUGUUUGUGUUAAUGCUUGA